AUGUGGCAGGUCAACGUGUUUGUCUUCGCUAUUGUUUCGGUGGGUUAAAGUUGAAAGUUUUGUUUGAAUUGUCAUUUUGAAGGGUAGAUUUAAAAGCUGAAGCUUAUUUUGUUAAGGCAGGGGAGGUAAGAAAGAUGAUAUGAAUUUGAAAGCAGAGGAGAUUUUGAGUAGGUUAAGACAGAUUUUAUAUACAAUAGAGCACGGCAAGGUAUGAUAAUACAGAAAGCAAUGCAGAGUAUAAGGUGGGGUAGAGUUUUAAAGGGCAAAGCAAAGUAAAGUAGGGUAAUCUUUUUCGAAGUAAGGGGAUGCUGAUUUUGGACGGAGAUGAGGUUUGGUAGAGGUAAAACACGGUAAAUUAAGCUAGGUAGCUCAGAAUGUUAGGGAAGAAAGCUAGAAUUAUAGAACAAUUACAUAAGGUAAGGAAGAUUAGAAUAAGCUACAGUAAGAAAUUAAAGUAGAGUAAAGUAAGGUACGAUAAUUUAGGUCAUAAGAGGGCAAGAUAGGGUGUUUGCAAGUGGAUUAUAUAGGGUAGUAUAGAAUAGGUCAGGGUAGUAUAGUGCAGGUAGAAUAGGAUAGGGUAGGGUAGGGUAGAGUAGAGUAGGGUAGGGUAGGGUAGGGUAGGGUAGGGUAGGGUAGGGUAGGGUAGGGUAGGGUAGGGUAGGAUAGGGUAGGGUAGGGUAGGGUAGGGUAGGGUAGGGUAGGGUAGGGUAGGGUAGGGUAGAGUAGAAUAGGGUAGGGUAGGGUAGAGUAGGGUAGGGUAGGGUAGGGUAGGGUAGGGUAGGGUAGGGUAGGGUAGGGUAGGGUAGGGUAGGGUAGGGUAGGGUAGGGUAGGGUAGGGUAAGGUAGGGUAGGGUAGGGUAGGGUAGAAAUGAUUCUGAGCUUCUUCUUGAAACAAUUUUUUGGUGUAAGACGGCCCAUAACUAUUUGAACAACAUAAUAUAAAAAGUUUUUUUUAAUCAUUUAUAUUACUUUAGAUCAUAUGCUACAGCUCAAUCGUAGAAAAACACAAAGAUUUCUGUACAGGAUGUCAAAAGGUGUUGGAUAACUCAUUUGUCAACUAUCAAGCCGUUACUAGUCGAAGAGUAUUAAGGCACAAGCUUAAACAUCUUUGUAAACGUUACUUUGAAGUAGGUCAAAGAUACUUUUUUUUUGUAAAAUACGGGGUUUUUUAUCAGACCUAUAAAUCAAAAUAUGACAUUUUAAACUAAAGUCAGUGAAGGAGUUGAACAUUUCAUACUAUAAUAAAUUAAAUUUUUGCUACAGUAUCGUCGCCGAUGCCUGGCAAUCCUACCACCAAACUUCCAUGUUAUAGCUGAUCAUAUGGACUCAGCCAUGCUGCUUGGAAUUUACAAACCAUUAGAUACGUGUACCAACUUGAAGGAAUGUAAUGUUGGUGCAAAGCAGAUUAAUGCUGCCAAGUAUUUUUAA